UCUGAUCAAUCAAUCGGAAAAUGACGUCAUCUAUCUACAUUGCCGCCGUACUCUUCCUUCUGUCGGUUUCCGUCGAUGCUCACAACUACGGAAUGUACUUGGACAGCUCUUGGAAAAGCGCCCACGCCACUUUCUACGGCGGCAGUGAUGGUGCCGGCACCAUGGGUGGAGCUUGUGGAUAUGGAAACUUAUACAGCCAGGGUUACGGACUCAAUACGGCGGCCUUGAGCACGGCCCUGUUCAAUAACGGUCAGACCUGCGGCGCUUGUUUCGAGAUUCAAUGCACCAACGACCCAAAUUGGUGCGUCGCCGGAAAGCCAUCGAUUUUCAUAACCGCCACCAAUUUCUGUCCACCAAAUCCUUCUCUAUCCUCCGACAAUGGCGGCUGGUGUAAUCCUCCCCUCCCUCAUUUCGACCUUUCAAUGCCAAUGUUCUUAAAAAUCGCACAAUACAAAGCUGGAAUCGUCCCCGUAAAUUACCGCCGGGUGGCAUGCAAGAAGAAGGGUGGGAUAAGAUUUACAAUGAACGGCAAUCCAAACUUCGACCUGGUUCUGAUAUCCAACGUCGCCGGCUCCGGUGAAAUCGUUAAGGCGAGCAUAAAGGGUAGUAAGACCGAUUGGAUACAAAUGACCCGGAAUUGGGGACAGAACUGGCAAUCUAAUGUCAUGCUUUUAGGGCAGUCCCUUUCAUUUAGUGUCACUGAUAGUGACGGCCGUACCUCCACCUCCGUCGACAUAGUGCCGGCGAAUUGGCAGAUUGGCCAGAGCUUCACCGGCCAGAAUUUCUAG